CACGGCCAUGGGAACACAAUGCAAUCACGUCAGCCUUGUUCUUGGAGCAGGUGGUGAUCAGGACUCAGCCAUAUGCUUUGCUGGAACAACUUCUGCACCAGCUGUUGGCCAAAAAUAAACACCAUUCCACAACCAUAUAUGUGCAAUAGCCUUCUGGGGAUUCUGAGCCCCCUCCAGCCCUGCCAUUACUCCACAAAGCCAGAGGACUGCAUUCUGACACGCUCUGACGGGCCAUGCAUAUAACCCAGCUGUUUUUUCCUUUUACAUCUAUUCUCUUUUCUGGACAAAAAUAGUAGGAAAAGCUUAGCAAAAACAUGUCACAAGUUGCUAGAAGUGUUUCAGGAUCCUUUACUGUGGUCUUUGUUGAACUUUCAUUCUCCGAUGGAACUAAAGAAGGAUAAUUUUCUCCUGGGACCUGCUUUAAAGUAUUUAUCCAUCUGCUGGUAUUCCGAGAGAGUCAAGGUGUGUAACAUUGAGGACUGGAUGAAAAACAAUUUCCAGAAAGACUUCUGUAGCAGGCAUGAAAACACUGUCAAUGAUUUUUUACUAGAAGUUUGCAACAGAUGUCCAAACCUGCUAUCUCUGACCCUCUCUGGAUGCGGCCAUGUUACAGACGAUUGCAUCUCGCUGCUUCUCAAGAACUGCCCAAACCUCAAGACACUCAAACUGGAAAACUGCGUGCGGAUCACUGACCAGACACUAGAAGCAGUGACCCUCCAUGGGGGAUCACUGCAAAUGCUCCAUGUGGAUUUCUGCCGGAACAUAACACAAACUGGUCUAGAGAGAGUCAGGCAAAAAUGUCCUUCAGUAAUGCUGAGAGCAGAGAGAAGUGCUAACAUGAUUCCAGACAAUAAGCCAGAAAAAAAGUUGAUGCUUGAAAAAGCAUCAAGAAAACUGGUUCAGCCUUAAGUGCAACAAA